AUGAAGAAAUAUGGUGUUCACCAUAGAGUGUCGACCCCGUACCACCCUCAGUCUAAUGGCCAAGCGGAGAUUUCUAAUCGCGAGAUCAAGGCGAUAUUGGAAAAGACAGUUAACCCGUCAAGGAAGGAUUGGAGCAAGAGACUCGGUGAUGCAUUAUGGGCCUACAGAACUGCUUUUAAGACGCCUAUUGGGAUGUCGCCUUACAGGCUUGUGUUUGGCAAGAUGUGCCACUUACCCGUGGGUAUCGAGCACAAGGCGUACUGGGCAGUAAAAGAGUUGAACAUGAAGCCUUCGGCUUGUGAAGAAGAAACGAAAUUACAGUUACAAAAACUGGAAGAGCUGAGGCUGGAGUCGUAUGAGUCUGCCAUGUGUUCCACUACACGCACUCUCUACUAUCGCCUAGACAGACUAGGAGGUAUUCUCGAUGAAUUCCUGGGUCAGGGAAGUCUGCUAGGGAAGGAGAGCCUGGAGGAAGAAGUCAAGGAGAGCCUGGAGGAAGAGGUCAAGGAGGGAUGGAGAUAA